UGUAGCUCACUGGGUUUGAGAAUGUGUUUGCUAUCUGCCAGCUGAUUUCUGCUUUGGCAUUCUGAGCAGCAGGUAGAGAGAAGCAGACAAAAUGCUCUGUUUUCAAGAUUUUUUGAGCGGAAUUUCAAUUUAAGAGAACAAGAAGAAAAAUAAGGAAAUUGGAGCUUGAGGAAGUAAGGGAGUGCCUUACAAAAAUGUUGAGAGACAGCGAAGCUAGAGGAAGCGAAGGCAGAGGCAACCAUUAAGGGAUGUUUUAACCACAUCCUUGCCUCAGCCAAAAAAAUUUUAAAAAAAUAAGCUGUGAGAGUUUCCCUCCAUCUUGUUGAACUCAGAGAAUCAUCAGCAGAAGUAAAAGCAACAGGACCGGGAGGAGAUGGCCUUCAGUCCCUGGCAGAUGCUGUCCCCCGUCCACUGGGCCAAAUGGACCUGGUCAGCGGUCCGAGGAGGGGGGGAGGGGGGCGAGGAAGAGGCGGAGGAGGAGGAAGAGAAGUCUCUGAGCUGCAGCUCGGACUCAGAGGGUAACUUUGAGACCCCCGAGGCAGAGACGCCUGUACACGCCCCCCUGAAAGACAUCUCGGAGGAGCUCCUUGAUAAUUCAUCAUCCAAGAGAGCAGAAUUGCUGGAAAAUGAUGAACAACUGAUCUCCAAAACGAUCGAACAUCCGAAUCGUUACCGGGAUAAAAACUCGAACCAGCAUGAGAUCACCAGCACCUGCUCUGUGGCAGAAAAGAACAAUCUAGACCAACUAAAUAAUGAGAUGGUGAAGCAAUUAGCCAACCUUCAAAUAUCAGAAGAGGCAACACAGAAGGCACCAACAGGACAACCUACUCUGGGGGAAGGCCAGACCUUGCCAUCAGAUGCCUUAGACACAAGCCAGGAGGCUCUGUCUGAAGAACAGAUGGUGGUCACCACAGAAGAAGUCAUUGAGCCCCAGGCUGCCAGUGAGUCUACACCCGUGAAGGGCAAACCCAAAAAGAACCGACCUUCGACCCUCAAAAUGAUGGCGGACCAUCAGGAACCAGAAGAUGAUGAGAUCCCUGUUCCAAAAGUGGCCUACAACUUCAACCCAGACGAAUACAAUGAUAAUGUCAACCCUUUUGCCUUGGGUGGAUCCAAGUUACAGAACUCUCCACCUGCUGCCAGCACUAUCAAGACUGACUCUGAAAUUCCUGAUGCCAAGGCUAACCCGGAGGAGACGACAGGUCCCGUCAUGAAGAUGGAGUUCGAUUUCACGGACAAUAAAGAGAACGGGGAUGUCAAGAAGCCCAUGCCUAGAAAACUGGGCAAAAAGCUGGGGAGUAAGCUCACACCUAAAAAACAGAAACCUGUUGCCAAACCUACUGAGCACCCAGAGAACUCAACCACCCAAAACUUAGAUGAUGUCCCCAUCCCGAAAUCAUCCUAUAAUUCAGACCCCAGCAAGUGGGACGAUCCCGACUUUAACCCAUUCAACUCCAGUACAGGCUGCUCUCCCAGCCUUCCAAAGGGAUCCUAUAGCUUUAACACUGAAAGCUUUGAUGAUUCCAUUGAUCCUUUUAAGCCUUCCAAGACCUUAGCUCUUGCCCCGCCUGAGGACUCUCCUUUACUUGACAAGCUCACAGAGGAUCUGGAAUGCCAGAUGGGCCUUGAACUGCCCAUCGAGGCUGAGGGGAAAGCGAGAAUGUCACCAAAGAAGACCAAGUCGAGGUUAAUAACGACUUCUGAGCAAGUGAGGUUUCUCUGUUUUCUGCUUGGUGCCUGCAAAGUAAAGAAGUAUGAAAACCAGUCCAUGAUAUUGGAUAUCCGUGGUCAGGAGGAUGAGCCGGUGACAGCAGAGGCACACAGAGAGGGUCAUGCCACCGAUGAAGAAAAACUGGCAUCAACCACAUCCAAUCAGAAGCAGCCACUGACUGAGGUCAAAGGGGACAACGAAGACGAGUUUUUCGAGUGCUCCAACGCGCCUGAGUCCACCCUCGCAAAGAAACACCCAGCUGAGGGUCUGGAAAAAGCAGUAGCCAGUUCCUUGGCAGAGACGGAAUCCUGCUCCCCUUACAUCGACCCGGCUGAAACAAAAAGCAAGCUGAUGGGAAACGAAGGCCAAGGAAAAGGGAGCCCCAUCUUUGACACGAUCAGCAUCAGUGAGGCAGACAAAGAGGCUGUGCUGACCCUGAUCAGAGAAGAGAUCAUCACUAAAGAAAUUGAAACCAAUGAAUGGAAGAGGAAAUACGAAGAAAGCCGACAAGAAGUGUUUGAAAUGAGGAAAAUUGUAGCAGAGUAUGAGAAAACAAUUUCACAGAUGAUAGAGGACGAGCAACGCACCGCAAUGAGCUCUCAGCAGGGCCUGCAGCAGCUCACCCUGGAGAAGGAACAAGCCAUCGCUGACCUCAACUCAGUGGAGCGCUCCCUGUCAGAACUGUUCCGCAGAUAUGAGAACAUGAAGGGAGUCCUGGAGGGUUAUAAGAAGAAUGAAGAGGUUCUAAAGAGAUGUGCCCAGGAGUACCUGGCCAGGGUGAAGCAGGAGGAGCAGCGCUACCAGACUCUCAAGAUUCACGCCGAGGAGAAACUAGACAAGGCAAAUGAAGACAUUGCACAGGUCCGCUCCAAAGCCAAUUCAGAAGCUGCAGCCUUUCACGCCAGUCUAAGGAAAGAGCAAAUGAAGGUGGAUUCCUUGGAGAGAGCACUUCAACAGAAGAAUCAAGAAAUUGAAGAGCUCACCAAGAUCUGUGAUGAGCUCAUAGCCAAACUUGGAAGAAGUGACUGAAUCUUUUCAGUACAGUAACUCCCACCCCACCCCAACCCCCUCGCCCGUAUUGAACACUGCGCACGCAACAACUAUUAGUACCUGCCUUACCUAGCAGAGACCACGCCCUGUAGAAUGCAUUCAGACCCUGUUAGCUGGUUCACAUCCACUUGGACUUAAAGCCAAAAACGAAGAGCGAACCCCAGCUGCAGAAUCGCUUCCACGCAGUUUCUGUCCCAUUUGAAUAUACUCCUACAAAUUUCCUGGCAGGACUAGACCUUGAAAGAACAGUGGAACAAGCUGUAUCCCCAGUGUGAUUUCCAGGCUGGAUAGAAGCUGCACUUCCCUAUAUAGAUGCCUGCUGCACACCAGAUCAACCAGAAAGACUAGCAAACAUGUUAAGUGGUUCACUGUAGUGGAUGCCAGUGUUCAUAUGCAAAAACAACUGGGGCUCCCUUUGGUUGUUUUAUAUUUUUUCUGCAAUUUCCCUUAUUGCCUAAGAGGGACAAAAAUGCACUCUUUUUUUUUUUUUUUUUUUUUUGCCUCAAACACAUGAAAGGACAGUAUUGAAAUAAAAGAAGAAAUUUAAAAGAUGGUAUGCCAUGUAUACCGUACCACAAGCCUUAUAUGUUGUACAAUUUUAAUUGUUUUUUUUUUUUUUUUUGGUUGCUGUAGAUACUUAACAUAUAUCACAAAUUUAAAGAAAGAAAUAGUUUGAAAAUAAUAAUAAUAAUAAUAACAAAGGAUGCAUGAUAACUAUGCACAUCAACAACUACAGGGAACUACCUUACAAAACAAAGUAUUUCUCCAAGUGGAAAUGUACUGGCUGUCACCCCAGUGGAGGAACUUGAAUCUCCAAAAUGACUCAGGGUACAGAUCAAGCACAGAAGGGUUCUGGAAAUCUAUUUGCAAGUAUACUGCAAUCUGCAUCUGCAAUCUGCAUACCUUCAGGGAGCCCUGAGCGGAAUUCAGAGUGUAAGCUGGAACCAGUAUCCCAUUGAAAUCCAGUACAUGGCCCCUCUCUUAAGAGUGAAGGCUUGAUCACAAUUGUUUACUGAAAACCCCUUUGCUGCUACAGUCUAGCUGAAAAGCAACAGGUUUUUUUUUUUUUCCUCUACUGCCAAUGUUUAAAUCUAUAUAAUGUAAAUAGAAGGUCGAUAUUGUCUGUGAAAUGUUGUAUGUUACAGAAUUGAUUCCCUGUGCAGUUCAUGAAAUAUAGCAGUGGUACAGUCUUCUUCCAACGUGGAGUGCCUGUUUGGUGUUGGUUUUUACCAGUUUCUCUUUGGAUGGGGAAGUGAGCAGUGAUUUGUUCUAUUCUAAAGUGUGUAGUUUCUUAAGCAUGCAUGCAUACAUGCUAAACAUAACUAAGUCUUGGUUAAAACUUUUAAAAGGAACCAUGCAAAUAAUUCUGGUUCCGUUUGACCAUCCGUCGCAGACCUGUGAACUAAAUUCAAUUUGAGUUCCAAUCAAAUAAACAAGCUCUCCAGGUGCGUGGCAAAGCUGAGCCUUCCUUAAGAGUCAGGAGCUGCAUUCAUUUGCUUGUAAGAUAUGUUUCCUGCUCCACUGUUAAAGGCAGGCUUAUUAUUGUAUUCACAGUGGAGGCUUGUCUCUUUGGUGCUCACACAGUGAAGAGCUCUUAAUGUUAACCAUUUAAACUGCAGCACAGAUACGGCCACCUGCAAGGUACGAAAGCUGUUGAUCAUACACCUAAGGUUUUGUGAUUUAUUUAUAUAGAACAUUUACAACAGGAAGAAAAUGAUCUAUCCUUUCUGGCUUUUUACUUAUACAAUAUCAGGUCUGAGUAGCGCUUUGUAGAUUUUUUCCCUUCGCAAGGCCGUAGUUAGGUACCAUGCUUGUUUAAGCCCAUCAGAACAGGACACAGCAUACUCUUUACAUACAUCUGCGAGACAGUAUGAAAAAAAAGUGCACAUCUAUUUAAGACUCAUCUCUUCAGAUGUAUAUAAGAAAACACCUUUUAGACCAAACCAUGCUGAGGAAAAGUAUGAAUAAAUAUCUGUGUAUUUAACUAUAGUAAUUAAAUGAAAGUGAACAAAUAUACAACAUUUUAUUUCUUCACCACUAAUAAGCAACACACAGUGUACGUAUAUAAAAUGUAGAAAUUUUUCUAAACAUUUAAUGAAAAAAUGACUCUAGGAACUAAGUAACAGCAACACCAAGAUAAUACGCUUCCUCAUAAGACUUUACGCGGGUAUUCGAGAUUUUAAAAAAAAAGCAUUUUAGAAAGUUGCUUAUUGACAAAGUUCCCAUACAGUGAUGAAAUAUCAUAGGGGGGUUUUAUGUGAAAUGUUAACUGUAUAAUAAAAAUACCAUUUUGGGAAAUCCAAGUUAGACUUUGUCGUGGAUUUCAGUAACUUCUUCAGGUCGAUAGGGGUUCUGUUGAUAAAUUUUAUUUGAGAUGUUAAACGGUGGGAGAAUGUGUCGGAGACACAGAGGAGUUCUGCUUCAUUGUGAAUUUGAAGAGGAUUGUGGGACUCUGCAGCUUGAAGCUCCAUCCUUCACGCGGCCCCGCUGUGUAUAUUUGCCAAGUGGUUUGGUUUGUGCCAGGGAGGGACGAGAAACACAGUUCAGCUACAGGAGUGUAUGCUAACUCUACCAGCAUAUUGGAUAAAUAAUCCUGUUACAAACUCCAUUCGCCUGACUGUGCCAUCGCUAUUGCUGUCAAGUGCCAACAGACAUUGCUGUAUAUUUGUGCCAAAUGUAAAUGUUAUGGUUCAUAAAUCUUAUUUAACAAAGAGAAGCAACUAAUCAGUCUUUUAUGAGACAUAUUAUUUUGUAUUAUUUCUAUCCACUGCCGCCAUAUCUCUGCGUAUGUUUUAAGUGCAAACAGCUCCCCCCUUUUUAAUGCCAUACAUAUUUGUAGAGUUAAACUUACACAGAUGUAAUGAAAUUAUAAUGUUUACUAAUAUAUAUUUUUUCCUCCUAUCUCAUUGCCUGAAUAAAAUGAUCACGAUUGUCA